AUGCAGAUACGAGAGACAUUGAAUUAACCAACCAAACAAACGUGGGGCAAAGAUAUUGAGACGAGGGGUGAGGAUUCCUGCAGGACCAAAAUUGUCACCGGCGAAGUCGAUUCACUGAUGCCUUCUAAAGGUGCACGAGUCCCACAUGUUGACACCGACUUGGAGGCAGGGAAACAAGCCAUGACCGAAGAAGCUGAAAUGGCACGGAGACGCAGGUGGAGCAGAAGUGUCCUCAUCUCCAAGGUCCGUGAUCAAGUCCGUGCCGGCGACGUCAACAGCUACACUCCACACUCCGUGCCUAUCGGCCCUUACCAUGCGAGUUGCUCGUCCCCACGGAUUGGAAAGGAGAAGCUGUGCUGUGUAGGAUUCUUUCAGAGCCUCUCCGUGGACCAAACCAAAGGUGGUCUUACGGGUCUAGCGGAGAAACUGGAGCCCCUAGCGAGGGCUUGCUACCCCGAUGGUGUUGACCACAUGACGCCGGAAGAUCCAUGAGCGGGUCACAGGUGA